GUUCGUAAAUCCUGCGCCAGAAAUCUUCGCGCGUGGGCCUCACAGUGUAGUCUGCAAUAUGCUUAGGCUGAGAUUAUUGUAUGUAUUAUAUCAGUCUCAUGGAUCCAGAAAAGGGUGGUCGAGCCUCCGGCCGGAAUUCCUUGGCCUGGUUGCAUGCUUAGCGAAGAUCCAAACGUUGCACUGACACUCCCGGCUUGGAUCAUAUCAAUCAUUGUUGCCACGAUUUUCCUUGGACUCACCCUCCAUCUGCUCUACUCGAGUAUGAAAUGGAGGUUUAAGCAUUUCAAGGAUUUCACGAUCUCGAAUAUCAAGGAAGAAAUUCAGAACAUCCAGCCAAUGACCCGAACGCUGGUCAGAGAUAGUGUGCUAUUCUACUUCCCCAUGUUUGGGAUAUUAGUUGCCUCCGUUCCCGUCACCGCUAUCUAUCGCACGGCUCUUGCCACCGUCACCGCUCCGAUAAUUUUAGCUCUAUACUCUUUCUGCGCCUCGCGACUAAUAAUUCACACCCGAGAAUGUUUCGCCCAAUCAUCCCAUGACGCGCUGAGUCGAGAGGUUGAAGCAAUCAACUUCGCGUCCCGAUCGUUGAUGACGUCGCAUGCGAAGACGGAUGUGUAACAGGCGGUUCGACCUUCAGCGUUGGGCAUGGU